CUUUCUAGCAGGCAAAGCUAUUUGUCUUUCAUUCUAUUUAUCUGUUCAUUGUUGUAACUGGUAUCAAAGCACCGUUGCCUUUAAAGUGCCUUUAAGGUGCAUCGUCAAAGCCAUGUUUUGUUAUGUAUUGCUUUCGUAUGUGCCUUUGUAAAUCCAUCUAUCAUCAGAACCUGUCCGACUUGUCGGUUUUAUAACCUGACUGACUCUCUAACUGACUGUGGUUAGUAGCUAACAAACUGUCUAACUGCUAACUGACUGCUGCUUAACCGUGUAUGUGGAAUAAACCUUCAGAAAGACAGUCGAGUUGUGCCCGCCGUACUUGUUCUGGUUACCCUUUCCAGAAGGGAGUAUUGAGCUGGAAAGACCAACCAGCAGAAAUCUGGACAGUUAUAAAACCGUUGUUGGCAACGUAUCAGUGCAGUACGGACAGCCGAGCGGAGGACGACAAUCGUGGAGCACCAGGACGCUGGUGAAGCGAAUCAGUCGUGAAUUACUAAAGAGGAGAAACUGGAACAGAAGAGCCAACGCAGCCGUGAAUAAGGUUGCGCACUUGGAAUUCAGAGCUCUUCUGGGCGAAGAGCCUCACGGAGGAGAAGCUGGAACAGAAGAGCCAACGCAGCCGUGAAUAAGGUUGUGCACUUGGAAUUCAGAGCUCUUCUGGGCGAAGAGCCUCACAGAGGAGAAGCCGGAACAAAGAGCCAACGCAGCCGUGAAUAAGGUUGUGCACUUGGAAUCCAGGGCUCUUCUGGGCGAAGAGCCUCACAGAGGAGAAGCCGGAACAAAGAGCUAACGCAGCCGUGAAUAAGGUUGUGAGGAUUGCACAAGGAACAAAGAGCUCUUCUGGGCGAAGAGCCUCACAGACUGUGACAUUGAGACGUCGACAGUUGGGGGCGUUGACAUUCGUGUGCCAAAAAGACGUGUCGUUUGCAAAGAACUGAAUCCUUUGAACAAGUCACUGGCAACGAACCAGAGAGUCAAAUCAUUUGAACAAUUCCGGAGUUCAAAGAACAAAAAUGGCAGACGACAAGCCAGACCUGGAAGACCUACAACGGAAGCGAUCAAAUGCACAGCGGAGCCUAACGACGCGUAUAAACUGCCUUAAUUUCAAAGCUGGUCGUCUAGGCACAGGAAAAUUGUCGCAAGAGUUGGCAGGGUUGGAAAACGACUAUGAUACUUUCGUCGGCGCCUGCAGUGAAUAUAUCGAAGAACUGGAACAGAUAGACUCAACGGACGACAACUGUGAGUUAAGACACACUCUGACAAAGAGGGACGCCAUUGGGCAAAGGUACCAUGAGACAAUGGAAAUGUUGUGGUUUAAGGAUGCUGAGCCAGAAAUAAGCACCCUUGUGGCACGGUUCAAUUUAGCUUUCGACCAGGCCGAGGUACUCGGCAGGAAAAGCGCACUACAGCGGUGUCAGCAAGAGGCCAGAAGGAAGGGACUGGAUCAAGAACUCCACGAACUCAGAGACACUGUGCAUGUUUGGAGAGACUAUCAGCCAUACGGGAAAGAAAAGUGGAGACUCCUUUUAACAUUGGAAAUUAAAAAGGAGGAACUGAUGGAUGAGUGGUCAUGCUGCCGGGAUAACAAACGGGGAGAUGGGCAUACCCGACCUGUAGCUCGUGCUAGUACCACCCCACCUGUUCGCACCCACUCGGCUAUUAGGCAGGGCACCGUAGCUGGCACCAGUCCCCCUCAUCAACCUCCUCAACAGCCUCAACAACCUAACUAUGGACCCACUGUCAGCUUUACUCAGCCUCCAACCCUCACCAGUACACCACCGAAGUUUCACACUGCUCCCACCAACACCAGCAUGGGACAAAGGGGAACUGUGCCCACCAGCAACUUUGGUACAGUCACAGGGGGAGAAGACAGCUCUCAGUGGGCCCGACCCAAAGCAAAGAUCACUCCGAUUAGCUUGCCUAAGAUUUCUGGGAGCAGGACGGCUGACUGGGAGAGUAUCCAGGCGCAAGUGGGUCCCACAGAGUCCUUUGAAGAGGAGCAGAAGAAACUGAAGGGUCAAGUGACAGAGUUACAGAAAGUAACGGAAGUCAAUGUCAAGAAGGUAGAGGAGCAGAGUGAACUGAGGGCCGAGAUGUCUGAGCUCAGCAGGGAGCUGAGCUCUGAAAGAAAUCAGGAGAAUCUCACUGAGCUUCAGUCUGACUUCUACCAGAAAGAGUCAGAAGAAGAAGAGUCCACUCUGCAUCAAGGCCUCAAGGCACCAGAAGAGACCCAAACUGCAGAGCUGCAGGGGACCUUGGUGCAAAGUCAGGAGAAUCUCACUGAGCUUCAGUCUGACUUCUACCAGAAAGAGUCAGAAGAAGAAGAGUCUACCCUGCAUCAAGACCUCAAGGCACCAGAAGAGACCAGAACUGCAGAGCUGCAGGAGACCUUGGUGCAAAAUCAGGAGAAUCUCACUGAGCUUCAGUCUGACUUCUACCAGAAAGAGUCAGAAGAGUCUACUCUGCAUCAAGACCUCAAGGCACCAGAAGAAAGACUGAGCUUAGCACAGGAGGACUUGGCUACCAACACCAGCCAACUCCUGCUAACCACACCACUGCUAACUCCAAACCAGACAGGUUUGGAGGCUCAGACAAAGGAACUGAAGAGAAGCCACAGCUCAUUGGAGCCAGAGCUCACUGAACAAGAGCAGAAGAACCUGGUGAUACUGCCUUUAGAGAGCAGACUUUCUGAGAAAAUGCUAACACAGUGGCUUGCGCAUGGGAGCAGCCCCAAGAACUAUGCCUUCCAGGGAAACCAUUUCGAGAAGCUCUUAUUGUUCCUGGCGCCUUUCCUGAAAGGCCAAAAGUCAUUACCCACAAGAGUAGAGCUUUUGAAGUUCAGUGAGCCAAUCCCCAUUUACAUUUCUGAGAGACCCAGCUACCAUGAGAAGCCGGUCGACUGGAGGAGGAUCCUAGAGGGAGUGGAGAAGAUCCUGAAAGCAAGGGGCUUCUACCUCAAACCCUGGGUCCGGUCUGGUCAAAGUGGGAGGAAGGACGAGGCAAAGCCUGACCAAAUGACUCUACUUACUGAAGGAGAAGUGGAUGUAAAAGCACCAAACCCAUUAACUCGUCGCGUCCUACUGAGCCAGAUCACUGGAUUGUACGACCCAAACGAUCUAACAACACCUGUGGAGCAAAAAGGUGUGAUUCCUGUGAGGAAGGCCUCCCAGGAGGCUGGCAAGUUCACUAAGGACACUUGGGAUGAGUCCCUCUCUGACGAACUCCGAGGGAAACCGAUCGAGCUGUUCAAGGAGUACACUCGCUUGGGGAGCAUCAAGUUCCACAGAAACCUCACACCCUCCGGCUGGAGGGGCAAGCCCUGGGGAAUCACAUUCUCUGACGGAAGCUGUGAAUCUUACGGCGCCAUACUGUACCUGCGAUGGGAAACGUCAGAUGGUGUAGUUACCCGGUUGGUGGACUCAAAGGCCAAGUUAACCCCCUUAAACCAAAAAGGCGAUGCAGUCGAAGUCGAAAUCUGUGGGGCUGUCUUCGCCGCACGCCUGAAGGAAUACAUACUGAAGCAUGGGAGAUUGACUGUGGGAAAGUGGUAUCACUUCAUAGACAUUCAGACAGUGCUGGGAGCCAUCCAGCGAGACAGUUACAGAUUUCAAACAUUCUUUGCAGAUAGAGUCGGAGAGAUCCAGAAGGCUGGGCCCGUAACUGAUUGGUGGUGGAUCCCAGGUGAAGUCAAAGUCGGUGAUCUUAUCACGAGAGGGUGUUCACCCGAGCGACUAGACGAAAACUCCGCGUGGCAGAAGGGUCCCGAGUUCCUGUCUAGUCCAGUUGAAGAUUGGCCUAUGAAAUCUGCCACAAAAGUGGCAGCUGAUGCUACAGAGACAGUGAGUAAACUCCAGAAGAAAGACUUUGCAGCAGCCCUCACCAGAACCCAAGCGCAGAAGUUGUUAAAUUCCGGUGGUGAAGGCCGGAAUUUCACAGAUGGAUUUGGCAAGUCUCUAGCAGGGCUCCAGUCGGAGCCAAAAUCGAUCCCUGUUGAGACCAAGAAAGAUGAGACACUGUGGGGAGCCGCACUCAUGGGUCUGAAAAGGUACAACCCUCUAGCUAAGCUCUGUGGAGGGGUCAGUUAUGCCCAAAAGGCUGUAAAGAAGUGGGUUGCUCGUAUAGGGAGAGCCCCUAUUCCAGCAAAGUGGGAGGUAGUACUGACAGUGACCGAACUUGAAACUGCAUUCCAAGAUCCCCCUACGUCAUCCCGCUACGUCAUCAGAGACACUGUGAGGCGGGGAAUAAAGAUGAAAGUCCGGGGUGUGGUACUCAGGUGCAUGGCUUCGAGAGCAAAGCAUGCUGACGUUGUGGAAGAUCUGUCGACGGAUGGAUUCCUAAAGGCGUACCAGCACUUCACGGCUCUCAGGGGCCACCCAAGAAAACUUUGGUCGGAUCAAGGGACCAACUUCGUGGGCGCCAAGCCAGUUUUAAAGGAACUCUACGAAUUCCUUAGCAACAUCGACAGGGAUCAAGUCCAGGAGAAAGCAACCGCCACUUGGACCAACUGGUCGUGGGUGUUUCACCCAGCAGUCCAUACACUCAGGAGAGCGUCGAGCAACAUCGGGGUGGAAAGUCACCUGACAGCACUGCAGUUCCAGACUCUCCCCUACCUGGCAGCUAAUCUGUCAAACGAAAGACCAAUUGGCGCAAGAAUCCAGGUACAAGACGAGACUGUAGGAGUCAUCACUCCCAACUCACUUCUGCUUGGCCGUGCUGGGCCUAGCGGGGACUCUCGAAGGUUUGAAUACCUGACUUACCCCGUUGUGCGCCUGAGAGCGGUCCAGAUCGAGGUUGACAAGUUCUGGAAGCGGUGGAGCCAGCUGGCGGGCCCGGGCCUCUUCGUUCGACAGAAGUGGCACGCACCCGCAAGGAACGUCACGGUGGGAGACUUAGUGUGGUUGGCUGACCAGAAUGCACUGAGAGGCCAGUUUAGGCUCGGUCGAGUUGUGGAGGCCCAUCCUGAUGUGAAAGGCGUAGUACGAGAUGUGAAUGUGAGGACGUGCCAAAGUUGUCCGGUUUCCAGUGGACAAAGUGGGAAAGGCAAAGAAAAGGAGAACCGUCCCUCCACCAUCCUUGAUGUCAGAAGGCUGGUGGUUCUGUUGCCAGUGGAGGAACAGAAAUAG